AUGGAUGAUGGCAGUCACUACUUUCCAGCUCAUAUUUGUGUGGGCGCAGAUGAGUACCUCACUGGUUCACAAGCCGAGGCACGGAACUUGGCCAACCUCGAGAGCUUCCUCCAGAGACAAGACUGGAUACAGUCAUCCGGGCUUUCUUCGCCUUUCGCGGUAGUAUAUGGAAACGGUGAUCAUUCCGGCAAGAACUGGUACUAUGCCCCUGAGCAGAGGCUCGGGCUGAUCAACAGUGUCGAGACACUUGCCGUGCGCCUGGAUCAUGCCAGGAGUCAAGCAUCUGCUUACCUCAAAGAAGAUGUCUAUGAGGCGACGAUCGGCGUUCCCGCCCACUUCUACAACGAUGAACAAUGGGUGGUCAGAGAAGCCGCCAUGGUUGCGGGACUCAAUGUUCUAAAUAUUACGAUGAACCCAUGCGGACUUAUUGAGACAGCUAUGGACUCCCUAAAAAUACCGAGACCUGAGGCCACUGUGCUGGCCCUCGAAGUUGGGGCCAGUCACUUCACUUUCGCCCUCGCUACCCGAGAAAAUGGCUUCGUGGAUAUCAGAGAGCACGGAUCUGCUAUGGUUGGAGGCAAAGACUUCCGUCUCAGAAUCUUUGAGCACCUCGUAUGGAUAGCCGUACAGAGAGGGAUGAAUCCACUGACAAACGCAGCGGCGACCCAUCGACUACGUGUGGCUAGCGAGGCGGCCAAAAUUGCGUUAUCUUCAUCAGAGCAGUAUACCGUGUCCCUGGAGUCCCUUGUCGACGGGCAAGACUUUUUCGAGAUCAUUACUCGGGAAACUUUUGAGUGCCUGUGCCAGGAUCUGUUUCUAUCGAUAAUGUCGAACCUUGAUGAUAUGGAUUGGAAGUGGGACAUUCACCAACGUGGCAUCUACUACGUCUUAAUCGGCGGCGAGUCUUCAAGGAUCCCGAAGCUCCGAAGGCUCUGGGAGGAGUGGCUUUGGAAGCGGGGCAUUGGCCACUCGACGAUCAAGUUUAUCAACAUAGGACAUGCUGGCGCUAUGGGACUCGCCCUGAACGCAGGUGCGAUUUCUGGGAUGGAUUGUCAAGCACACGCCCCUCGAGUUUCGUCGCUCAUGGAAGUCGCGACGGAGAACAUCGGCAUCGAAACGAGAGGUGGUAUCAUGUCAAAACUGAUCUUGAGAAACUCCACGAUUCCGAGAAGAAGCCGAAAACAGUUCUGGUGGCACGCCGAGGACAUGUGCCCGGAGGUCAUGGCCCCGGGUCCUGACCAGAAACAAACUCGGUCAACACAAACUAUCCCUUCACACGGGGCCUUGCAAGUCUACGAAGGACACAGGACAAGGACUAAAGACAAUAGACGAAUUGCGUCCAUAGACCUCACGCAGCUCUUCGCUCACGCCACGACUACAAAUGUCCUUCUUGAAGUGGCGAUCGACAUUGACGUUCGGCUUGCGAUCAUUAUCGAGGUGUCCAUCGCCGGAACGCAGUUCCGUAUACGCGAAACGAUGAACACUCAUGAGGAGACUGUGAUGAAGCAGCCGAAGCCCCGAUCCGCCGACGAGAGCGAGGCGGAAUCUAGCGUGCGUGGCACGACACUGCCUUCAGGGACCGAUUCAGCCACAGUGGCCAGCUCUGGCUUGGAUGCCUUCUUCUCCUCGACAAGCAUGGUCGGCGCGUUCACGGACACUGACUUUUAUCGAGUGUCGACAUACCUCCGAAACACGGGCAAUAUGGCCUGGAGCACAGCCCCAAGGCUUUACACUGUCCUUCGUGUUAUCGAUCAGCUUGACGCCAUGGAGGUUUUUCUGCGCCAAGGCAUCAACGAUAUGUGGUUUCCAUUCACAAACAGAACCCUGCCGGCAGCACUCCAGCCGUCAAUACAGGCCCAGUUUCUGGACCGCCAGGAGAUGGCAUAUUCGCAGUCCAAGACGUUUCAGCUGGAGAGUGGCGAGCAGAAGCACGCGUACUUCUCGAAGGAGGAUCCUUUGCCGUUCAGGGUCAUAGCGAGGCUUGGACGUGGCGCCCACGGCUCGGUGGACAAGGUCAUGAGCAAUUUCAGCCAGAGGGAGUAUGCACGGAAGCUCUUCCGCAAGUCGAGGGGUCUCCGGGCAGAGGACGUACAAGCGUUUAAGACUGAGCUUGGCAUCCUCAAGAGAGUGACACAUCGGCACUGCGUAUCGCUGGUUGCAACAUAUUCUGACCCCAAGUAUUUUGCGUUGCUCAUGGAACCUGUCGGUGAUUACAACUUGGCCGAAUACUACACAAGAUGUAGGAACGAGCCAGACAAGCACUCACUCAUGAGGGGCUUCUUUGGCUGUCUCGUGAGUGCAGUCCAAUACCUGCACGAUUCCAAGGUGCGACACCGCGACAUCAAGCCGCAAAACAUCAUUGUGCGCAGCGACCAAGUGCUCCUCGCCGACUUUGGCAUAGCGCACAGCUGGGAGAAUCUGACGAGGGCAACGACGACGGCAGACUCGGGCAAGACGAUGACUUACGCGGCCCCCGAGGUCAUUCGGGUGGAGCCGCGAAACACGGCGGCAGACAUGUGGUCGCUGGGCUGUAUCUUUUUGGAAAUAGUGACGGUACUCAAGGCCAAAACGACGCAGGAACUCCGGACACAUUUCAUAGAGCAUAGCGAUACACCCGCGUUUCAUGCAAAUACGGAGAGCACGCAGAUCUGGGCAGAGGAGCUUCGACGACUGGCGCCUGCGGGGGACAAUGCCGCCGUUGGUUGGGCGCUGGACAUGCUGCAGCACAAUCAGCAUGCUCGACCGACGGCGGCGAGCCUGUUUGAAGAGAUUCUGCGGGAGUCGAUUUCGUGCGGGACGCUGUUUUGCGGGACUUGCUGCGACGGCGUAGAGUCGACAGAGGGGGAAGAAGACGACGAACACUUGUGGGGGGAUGACGGGCUCUAA